GUAGAGCAGGACUUGCUUCAAUGGUGAGAGUCCCAUUGACAUUCCAGAGAUGUAUCUCAUCACGAUACUCGCGCUAUCACUCCGUGUUUGUACAACUACCACGACUUUAGCGACUACUACAACCACGAUAGAUAUAACUCCAAAUGCUACUACAACAACAGCUCUUGCCCAGCCACCUGCUCCUCCAACAACCUCAACUGUUUCUCCAACAGCAACUGUUCUUACAACUGCUACAGUUGUAGAAACAACUGUUCCUCAAAUAACCACAACUGUAGAAACCACUGUUCCUCUAACAACCACAACUGUUCCUCCAACCACUACAACUGUAGAAAUAACAGUUCCUCCAAUAACAACAACUAUAGAAACCCCUGUUCCUCCAACAACCACAACUGUUCCUCCAACCACUACAACUGUAGAAACAACAGUUCCUCCAAUAACAACAACUAUAGAAACCACUAUUCCUCAAACAACCACAACUGCAGAAACAACUGUUCCUCCCACCACUACAACUAUAGAAACAACUGUUCCUCUAACAACCACAACUGUUACUCCAACCACUAGAGCUAUAGAAACCACUGUUUCUCCAACAACCACAACUGUUGAAACCACUGUUCCUCCAAGAACCACAACUAUAGAAACAACUGUUCCUACCACCACUACAACUAUAGAAACAACUUUUCCUCCAACAACCACAACUGAGGAAACAACCAUUCCUCCAACAACCACAUCUGAAGAAACAACUGUUCCUCUAACAACCAUAACUGUUGCUCCAACAACUACAACUACAGAAACAACUGUUCCUCACACCACUACAACUAUAGAAACAACUGUUCCUCAAACAACCACAACUGUAGAAACAACUGUUCCACCCACCACUACAGCUAUACAAACAACUGUUCUUCAAGCAACCACAAUUGCAGAAACAACUGUUCCUCCCACCACUACAACUAUAGAAACAACUGUUCCUCCCACAACCCCAACUGAGGAAACAACCGUUCCUCCAACAACCACAACUGUAGAAACCAGUGUUCCUCUAAUAACCACAACUGUUGCUCCAACAUCUACAACUAUAGAAACAACUGUUCCUCCAACAACUUCAACUGAGGAAACAACCGUUUCUCCAAUAACCACAACUGUAGAAACCACUGUUCCUCCAACAACAACAACUGUUCCUCCAACCACUACAACUGUAGAAACAACUGUUGCUCCAAUAACAACAACUAUAGAAACAACUGUUCUUCAAAGAACCACAACUGUAGAAACAACUGUUCCUCCCACCACUACGGCUAUAGAAACCACUGUUCCUCCAACAACCACAACUGUUCCUCCUACCACUAUAACUGUAGAAACAACAGUUAUUCCAAUAACAACAACUAUAGAAACCACUGUUCCUCAAACAACCACAACUGCAGAAACGACAGUUCCUCCCACCACUACAACUAUAGAAACAACUGUUGCUCUAACCACUACAGCUAUAGAAACAACUCUUUCUCAAACAACCACAACUGUUGAAACCACUGUUCCUCCAACAAUCACAACUGUAGAAACAACUGUUCCUCCCACCACUACAACUUUUCUUCCAACAACCGCAACUGUUCUUCCAAUCACUACAAUUGUAGAAACAACUGUUUCUCCAACCACUACAAUUAUAGGAACAACUAUUAAUCCCACCACUACAACUGUAGACAACACUGCUUCUCCAACAACCACAACUGCUCCUGCAACAACCACAAAUGUUCCUCUAUCAACCACAACUGUAGAAACAACUGUUCCUCCAACCACUACAACUGUUCCUCCAACAACCUCAACUGUUCCUCCAACAACUGUUUUCCAAACCACUACAACUGUAGAAACAACUGUUCCUCCAACAACUACAAUUAUAGGAACAACUGUUCCUCUCACCACUACAACUGUAGAAACAACUGUUCCUUCAACAACCACAGCUGUUCUUCUAACCACCACAACAAUAGAAACAACUGUUCCUCCCAAUACUAUAACUUUUGCUUCAACCACUACACAUAUAGAAACAACUGUUCCUUCAACCACUACAACUGCAGAAACCACUAUUUCUCAAACAACCACAACUGUAGAAACAACUGUUCCUCCCACCACUACAACUAUAGAAACAACUGUUCCUCUCACCACUACAAAUGUUACUACAACAAUCACAAUUGUUCCUCCAACCACUACAACUAUUGAAACAACUAAUCCUCCAACAUCCACAACUGUUCCCCAAACAACCACAACGGUUCCCCCAUCAACCACAACAGUUCCUCCAACAGCCACAACUGUUCCUCCAACAACCACAACUGUUCCUCCAACAACCACAACUGUUCCUCCAACAACCACAACUGUUCCUCCAAUAACAACAACUGUUCCCCCAAUAAAAGAUCAUCUCUAUCCUUUUGGGCCAGAAAUUGAUCAGGUCAGUCAAGAACGUGAUGAUGGGUUUUCUCCACCAAUAACUCCUUCGAGUGCGAUACCUGUCUUCGGAACUUACUAUUCUUCUCUUUAUGUGGACAAUAAUGGUGUGUUGUCAUUUGAUGAGCCGUUUGUUGAAUACACACCUGUAGAUCUUCCCUUCCUUAAAGGGGUUGCUUUUGCUGCACCGUUUUGGUCAGAUGUGGAUAAUACAAGAGCAGGUAACAUAUAUUACCGUGAAAGUACAGAUAGCCGGCUUCUGGAACAGGCAACGAAUGACGUGAAAUCUUACUUCCACCUCUUGGAUUUCUCUGCACAAUGGGUAUUUGUGGCAACAUGGGACAAAGUGGCCUAUUCUGGAUCAGAGUCUGACAAGGUGAACACAUUUCAAGUUGUCUUGAUCACAGAUUGGAGAGCUACUUUUGUUCUCUUCAACUACGAGAACAUCACCUGGACGACUGGAACCAGCAGUGGUGGAGACAGUGAGACAGGCCUCGGGGGAAUCCCAGCAUUAGCCGGUCUGAACAGCGGCAUGGAAACCGGAUUUUAUCAAAUCCCGGGGUCAUUGUCCCCAACCAUCCUAAAUGUGACAUCGACAAGUAACGUAAAAUAUCCCGGACGAUGGGUCUUCAGAGUGGACAAACUCGUUCCUGAACCUGGGAAUACUGAUGAAACUACUAUAAAUCCAACAAGUCCUUCACCAAGCACAACAACUGCAACAAGCCCUACAACAAACACAAUCCCUGAACCAACCACAACCACUACAACAAACACAAUCCCUGAACUCACCUUAAUCCCUGAAACCACCACAACCACUGAAGCAACCUCUGAACCAACCACAACCAAUGAAGCAACCCCUGAACCAACCACAACCACUGAAGCAACCCCUGAACCAACCACAACCACUGCAACAACCCCUGAACCAACCACAACCAAUGAAGCAACCCCUGAACCAACCACAACCACAACCAAUGAAGCAACCCCUGAACCAACCACAAUCACUGAAGCAGCCUCUGCACCAACCACAACCAAUGAAGCAACCCCUGAACCAACCACAACCACAAUCACUGAAGCAGCCUCUGCACCAACCACAACCACUGAAGCAACCUCUGAACCAACCACAACCAAUGAAGCAACCCCUGAACCAACCACAACCACUGAAGCAACCCCUGAACCAACCACAACCACUGCAACAACCCCUGAACCAACCACAACCAAUGAAGCAACCCCUGAACCAACCACAACCACUGCAACAACCCCUGAACCAACCACAACCAAUGAAGCAACCCCUGAACCAACCACAACCACUGAAGCAACCUCUGAACCAACCACAACCACUGAAGCAACCUCUGAAACAACCACAAUCCCUGAACCAACCACAACCACUGAAGCAACCUCUGAAACAACCACAAUCCCUGAACCAAACACAACUACUGCAACAAUCCCUGAACCAACCACAACCGCUGUAGCAACCGCUGUAGCAACCGCUGUAGCAACCACUGAAGCAACCCCUGAACCAACCACAAUCCCAACAACACUGUUAGGACCUGAAGAUCUUCUGUAUUCAUAUGGAUCUAUGAGAGACAGUGUCGUCCCAAAAGUAGAUGACGGAUAUGUGUUUUUAAAUCUGUCAAGAGCAUUUCCACUGUUUGGGCAAAAUUAUUCCACUCUCUAUCUGAGCACCAACGGGUUCUUCUCCGUCAACAAGCCGUUUCGCUUACUCAAACCUAAAAAACUCCCUCUGCUUAAUGAGGUCACUUUUAUAGCACCCUUUUGGUCUGAUAUAAACACUGCAGAAGGAGGUGAGAUCUUCUACAGCGAGAGCACAGACCAAGACUUACUGGACCUCGCAACGUCUGAUAUUAGGACCUACUUUCACAACCAUAACUUCCUUGCCAAGUGGAUAUUUGUGGUGACAUGGGACAGUGUGGCAUAUUUCCAAACAACUAUUACAGCGGUGAACACCUUCCAAGUGGCCCUGAUAACGGAUGGAUCCCUGACAUUUGUGCUGUUUAACUAUAAAGAUUUGCAGUGGCCUACAGAACAUGUUGUAGGUCAUAGUGCUUUGGUUGGAUUUAACAGUGGAAAUAAAACAGGUUACUACAUGGUGCCGGAGUCACUCACCACAAAUAUCAGCAAUCUGGCAUUUGGAAGUAAUUGUCAUUUUCAAGGACGUUGGGCUUUCAAAGUGGAUAAACUGCAUCCCGAGGACCCGGACGGGAUUGUGGGUAAGGGAAAAUACAUUUAUUUAUUUAAACAUUUGUUGUUAAAUUGUUUGUUUUAUACUGAACCUUCCAAUAAUGGUCACAUUACAAAGCUUCCUUGUAUUCUUCCGUUUAUUGAUUAGUUUAUCCAUUUACCGUGUCUCUCCUUUGAUGUUGCAAGUGAUGUAAGUUCUUUCAUUUUAUAAAGGAAGUAUCAUUUUACUAGACGUUAAAAGCUGAUCUGUAAAACAAGAGUUUUGGCUGGUGUUUU